AUGGAUUUCAUGAAGGUUCUGGAUCAGGCCGUUCGGGAGAUGUGGGUUCCCUCAGCGCAGGGUUUUUUUUUUAUACGCAUUGAUUUCGCGACUGGAGAUUGGCGGCAGAGAAAUCUGGAUACCAUCUGAUUAUCUUUUUAUUUUGCAGAAAGAGAGAGGUCAAUUUGAAAGUCCUCAAGGUGCCAGAGAUCGAACAGAAGGUGAGGAUGCUCAUUUUAGUCAUUGGUAAUUUCUUUACGGAGAUCGUUGUGCUUUGGUUGAUUCUCAGUUCAGCAUGUGAGGUUUUCAUUUAUUUCUAUGCGAUGCAAAAUACGCCCAUUCCGUGACUAGGAGCACAUCAAGCUGUACAUGUAUCCAUAUUCCUGCUCAGGUCGGUGAGGCAGCACGGAGACAUGUACAUGUAUUCUGGAGGAUUAGAACUGGGUGAGAAUUCAAUCUCGAGAUUACUUUUGCCAUUUCCUCUUCGGUGGAAAUCACAUUUCCCCAGGAAUGGCAAUUCUCGCAUUACGCCCACAUAUAAGAGGGAAUAGGGUGAACUCCCUCCUUCCUACAGUCUCUCCCUAAAUAAAGUAUUGCCAGAGCAAUUACAGACUCCCCAUUCCCUUGGGCAGGUCACUUCUCACUAACCUCUGAGGUCACUAAAAAUUAAUCAGGUCUUACGGCUCAGUAGUUUCAACGAUAAAAGUAGUCUCCUUUUACAGGCGGUUGGAUAUUUCAAUAUCUUCAGGUGUCCUGCACAGUAAAUCAAGCUUUAAUUUCUUCAGAAUCUAGAUUGUCACCAUGCCAAAAAAAAAGGAAUGUGUUCAGUUAUAUUUAAUAUAUUCUAUGAUUAGUGCGACACUGGGAAGACGAGAUAAAGAUGCACAUUUUUUCUUUUAAAUUUGAAUGUUUGCAUGGUGCUGGUCACACUGGCAGAUUAUGUAACCAUGACCAUAACCACCCCCACUCAUGACGAAGAGACACUCUCGUCUGUGGCAGUUGCUGCUCACUAUGUGCCACACUGUGGCACAUCGUGCUGUUGUGCACAUGCCCACACAUGCAACCGCACGGCCUCAUGCUGGCGGUGAGUUCCUGUGCACAGGACCUCAUUCGUCCAUGCGAGGGGCGUCACACAAUUUGCAUGGUAGCUGGUUUUAUUGUGUAUUAACUUUUCUGUGUGGGAUUUAACCGAGGGUUUCCCUUUCUUGUGGUCGUAAUUGACACUAAUAUCAAGUGAAUACCGGCAUCGAGUUUGGUAUUGAUAGUCCCACAUUUAAGUCCACUGAUCAACGGCCCUUCCUUUUUGAACCAAAUCUUGGUACUCGAAACAACGUGGAUGUUGGGUGCCUCACAGAGUCCCUCUUCUUUUUAGACAAGUUGAAGUGUCCUUUAUUUCUCCCUUCACCGUUCUGAGCAGUCGUUUGUCAUUGCACUCUUUUCCAGUAAUUAUCCAUUUUAGCCUAUACAUGACUUCUGGAACACAGACAAGCGUUAGCUUCUUGUCAUUUUGACCUACAUAUCUUGUUGUUGGUCGCAUUGCUCUAGAAUCAGAAAAUGAUUAGUUGCUGUUUAUUUAAAAUUUGUGAUUUUAAUGAGCUGCAUUUCCUUUGGACUCACAAGAUAUGGGGAAAUAUACUGGAAAUGAAUGUUGGUUAUGCUUUUAUCUCACAAAUUUUCCUUUCAAAAUGUUAGGUUCUUGAUGCAACCAAUGAUGAACCAUGGGGUCCUCAUGGGUCAGCUUUAUCAGAAAUCUCCCAGGCUACGAAAAAAUUGUACUUCUGUCUGCUCCUAGUCAAUUCUCUUGUUGUAUCUUGCUUCCCUAUCUUCUUGUUAACCUCGUCACUUCUUCUUCUUCUUGCUAAAAUGUAUGUUCUUCUCGAAGUACCGAAUGCCAGAUGGUCAUGAAUGUUCUUUGGACGAGGUUGACAGACACUGGACCAAACUGGCGGCAUGUGUAUAAGGUAAAUUUCCCUGGUAUUUUUCCUGUUGUUAAAGAAACCAUUUUAAAACUUUUUCUUGUGAAUUUUUUUUGGUUGCUUUAUGUCAGUUUUUUCUCUUCAUUCUAAUAGCGGAAUUUUCAUUUCAGGCCUUGUCUGUUAUUGAGUACUUGCUCGCCAAUGGCUCUGAACGUGCAGUUGAUGACAUUUUAGAGCACAGCUUUCAAGUCUCUGUAUGUUUCUAUGUUUGGAAGAUCAUUUUUGAUCUUAAAAUGUUUUCGCUGAUCAAACUCUUUAUUUAACAUUUACUAUCACUCCUUGCAUCCCCUCUAUUUGUGAAGUCACUUUCUAGUUUUGAAUACGUUGAGCCAAACGGGAAAGAUGUCGGGAUUAACGUUAGAAAGAAGGUGGAAACUAUAUUGGGCCUUCUAAAUGACAAGGAGAAGUUGCAAGCAAUCAGGAAUAAAGCUGCUGCAAACCGAGACAAGUGUGUUCUGACCACUUCAUGAACUUUCGUUAUACCCGAUUCAUUUUAUUCGUUUUCCGCAAAGUUUAUCACCACCUAGUGACUAUAGUGAAGCUGGUGAAUCAUUGCUUUCUCUCAUGAUGGUACCAUAUGCAGGUAUGUUGGAUUGUCUUCAUCUGGCAUCAGUUACAAGUCAAGUUCAUCUUCGUAUGGUAGCAGCAACUUCCAGCGGAGUGACCAGUAUGAUGGCCUAGGUGGUGCAAAGGAGGAUGAGGUUUUUAGUGCUGGCUACAAAGACAAGGAUCGAUAUGGAGAUGAAGCCAAUUGGAAAAAUGGCCAGAAAGAUGAUUAUGAAAAAUUCCAAGAAAAAUACUCUGGUGUGGGUGAUGGAAUAAAAUCGAAGGGAAUGACCAGGCAGAGCAGGUUGACUCUGUACCAUUUUCUUGUCUACCCUCUUUUUUUGAUCGUUUGUUUUAAUUAGUGUUAUGCUGAAAAAUUGCUUAUUUCUGAGUUCGUAUAACCAAAGUCAAAAGUUAGAAGUCCACCUUCCUUGCCGUGUGUUUGCUUAAGCUCUGUAGUCUGUUUCCCCUUGGGAUAUUGCUGGGUGACUUGGCUUGAUUUAGUGCUGACUCACAAUGAAACCAACUCCAUUGACAUGUAAAUCGUGAAUGACUAUGCGUCACUGUGAUGUGACCAGCAUUGCGGACUUAUAAUCAUAUAGAUACUGAUUUGCUAAUGACCAAAACAGAUAACAUUCUAAUAGGCCCUCCUCCUCACCCCCAUUCCUGACUCCUCGAUAGUCGAUCUCCAUUCUGCCUCAGGUUUUUGGGGCCCUAGUUUCGUGGAAGGAUAAAAAAGGGAAAAAGGAAAAGAAGAAAGUAUUGGCAGUCAGAUGGGAUGGCAAAAGGCUGCGGUGGAAGGAUUCUUUUUCUUUCUUUCAUUUUAAUUACUUUUUUUUAUCUUCUUUUUUCCAUUAUCCCUACAGUUAGGAAAGGCCCCUGAAGCCUGAGUGUUGAACCUGUAUCAGUCCAAUUCAUGAGAGGUGGAUUGAUAUGCUUCAAGUUGACAUGGUGUUGAGAUGGUCCAUUAUCAUCUUAUUAGCUAGAAUUUGGUUCUUAAUGUCCAUCACUUGUGUUAAGUUUCUCAGUCUGCCACAAAGCUGGAAUCCUAACCCGAAUAUUUUGUGCUGCAAUUCUGAUUAGUUUCACAUGAUAUUCGCUUAUUCACUUGUUUCUUUGCUCAUAUUGACUCUGUUAUAUCAAUAUUCAUUUGGUGCAUCCACUACAUACAUUUCUAGAUAUGUGGUUUUGUAGUUAUGCUUGCUCGUACCGGACCUAGCUGGAAGAAAUUGAUCUCAGCCAUUCAAAAUGCCUUCUGGGUCGUUUACAGAAAUCGAUCUCAGCUCUCCAACAUCUUUGUUGGAUCCAGACAACAAUUUCAUAUUCAGCGUUUUUAUACCCAGAAAAUAUAUUUGAAAACAUUAACUUUAAGCAUGCCACUUAAAAGUCUAUGAAUAACCUGCUCAAGCUGUACCGAGACGACCUGGUCGUAACCUUGGCUGACAUGACAAUACAUAUAAUAAAGAUGACUUCUUGGUAAAAUUUUGGAUGUUUUGUGUUCAUUAUUUAUCCCAUCAUUGUAACCUGAGCAGCUGAUAGUUGCAACAAGACUGCUAACCAGACGUCCACAAAAAGAUGGGCGAACUUUUGUCCUUUUACCAGCUCUUCGUCUAUUGUAUCAGGAUUUUAAUCUUUUUUGGUAUAUCGAAUGUUUAUUUGAUGCUACGAUUAUGAUAUUCAUAUUUUGCCAAUCCUGGGUGCGCGAAUUUUCUUUUUUCAGGGAUUCUUCAAAAAAGCCAUCGGCAACGCAUGGCAUUUCCAAAAGUUCAAGUGCUCAAGUAAACACCGAAGCUGAUGAUUUUGAUGAUUUUGACCCUCGAGGAUCUUCUAUUUCUGGUAUGUACAUUUACCAUCACUUGUAACCAAGGAAUGGAAAGAUCUGUAGUCAGGGUUUUUCAUUCUUUAGUUUAUUUCUAUGCAUUUUCAUUACAUUCUUUCUAUUAUAUGGCCAGAUUAUAGAUACUGGCUUCAUAACUUGCUUAUGUUGAGUAAACCAUGCAAUUCCGUCCGAGAAGAUCAUGAUUAUUAACUAAAAUAGUACGCCUGAUAGCAGAUGAUUGACUACCUCAGGGUUGAAAAUACAUAACUGAAACAGGGUGUCCAUAAGAGAUUCCUGAAAGUCAGAAAUAAUCAAAGUCUGGGAAUCUUGCAUAGUCGUAGCGAUACAGGAUUAAUUAAAUCUCACAAGGCCAUGCGUCACAACUGAUGAAUCUUCUGACUGUCGUCCACUUGCGUGUUCUGCAGUAGUCCACUUACGUUGCACUCAUGUCCUCAUUGUGCAUCUUUUGAUCUAGUUGUUUCCAUUUGAAACCAUGUGUUGGACCACGAAAUUGGUGCAUCUGUUUUCAAGGCUUCUACUCUUUAUGACAUUCCUAGGAUCUCCUGGUCAUCUAAGAUUAAAUUUUCUUGCUCUUUCUUUAAAAUUAUGUGGCAUAGACCUAUUGUAAAAACGUCUGAUCUGAUGUAUUUUUGUUGAUUUUUGUAAAAAAAUGGGUGUUUUCACUUACAGAAUCAGCUUCCACAAGCUUUAAACAAGUGGAUCUUUUUGGAGAUAGUUUAAUAGGUGACCUGAUGGAUGCACCAGCAACAGUAUCAAGAGAAACGACGUCAAGCACUAGUGCUUCAGAUGAUGUUGAUCUCUUCGCAGAUGCAACCUUUGUGUCAGCCACACCUCGUACAGAAGCAUCAGCAGUUUUCAAGGAACAGGUCAGCUAUUAAAUCCUACCUUGUGACAUACCAUUUUUUCCCUGGCAUAGUGUCAACGAGGAAAAUCUUUAUUUCGUCUUGUCAAAUUUAUUUUCUCUUUUCCCCUUAUCACUGUUGAUUAGGCAAGGGACAAGAUACACGUGUGAGGUGGGAGAUUCAGUGAAUGGAAAUAAUUUAGAGUUCUAGAAUCAUAUUUUUUGGAAAAGUUUGAAUCAAAAGAGUAUUAUUUUUAUAUCUGAGAAGGGAACUUGAAAUUUUCAUUUAGUUACACAACAACUACUCUCAUCCCUACGUUCCUCCCCAUCCCCCUACUCGAAAGAGUUCCCGUACAAACCUUCUAUCCAUCCCAUACAAGGGUAACGUACAUAUGCUUGUCAGAUACUUGUGUCUUCUAGUCGUAUCUGCUUCUAGUAAAUGUUUGGUUCAAAGGCCAAAACGAAAGCCCAGUCUGUCACCUGCUUCUUUCACCUCAAAUGCCCAUCUUCAAGUGUUCUCAGGCUGGUCACUUUAGGGGGUAUUUUCUGUCCCAAAGAGACGCAAAAGAUGAUAAACAGCGGGAUAGGAAUGCCAUUUUGGAUUAUUUUCCUCCAAAUCCUCAUAAUUUUGGGGUGAGGAAGCAUACAAUCUUCUAUAUUUUCCUCUUGUACUUCACUUUCAAUCCUCUUCUAGUUGCCUCUUCUGUUUUUCAUGCACCGUUAGACUCUAUGAGCGAAAUUAUCUUUUCAAUUCUUCUCUGUAGUUUAUCAUUUCAUCCAUGGAGUCCAAUUCGAUAUAGAAGGAAAAGUCCAGCUUCCUUUCUCGCACAAAAUUCUCUCACAUUGUGAAAAGAAAAUCCAUGACAACAUCCAAACCGGAAUCUUUUUGUUGUUAGCAGAUUGACAGGAUCGUAGACUUCCUGACCUCCAAUGUCAGAAAACUUCACACCUGGUGUAAUCCGCGAAAUCAGAAUUUUUGGCUCGUGACACUUUAGUUGUGAUAGAAACAUUAUGCGUUAUGGAGAUCAAAUGUCGAGCCCUGAACUCUUAGAAGUAGAAGAGAUGAUAUUUAUAAAUUAUGCAUCUUUAUGUCGAAUUUAUUGUAACUCAUUGUUAGAGACUACUUUGCAUGAGUAAAGAACUUUAUAUAUUUACUUUUGUUUCUGAUUAGUCCCUCCCAUCUGUGUAAUUCUCCUUCUGUUACAAUUCCGAGCUUCAAAUUUUCAUUUACUGCGCGAGAUAAUGCCCCAAAUUUUCUGGUCGGAUACACACCUAUUUUUUCUGAUUUUUGGAAUAGUGUUUGGAUAGAGUUUGCUCUCGCCUCGCCCCUUAUCUUCCUCUAGUAUUCUCCAAACUGCAUCCUCAGAAAAAGUGUUGAAAAUUCCUUCUCAUCGAAUCAUCUUCAUUCCUAUCCUUAAUGGUAUCAUCCAAACAUUUAUUGCAUUUGCAGGAAGGGUUUUUAAGAAUAGAAUUGAUUGAAAAUGCCAGUAGAUUUCAUUCUGAAUCGAUUGAUGCGUGCGCGCAUGUGUUUGUGUGUUUUGACAUGCUUCAUUUUUUGAUCUUGACUCAUCCUGAAACAGUUCAAAAAUGGAAUGAGUGAUUCAAAAUAUUCAACUAAAAUUUAAAAACCGCUAGAGAGGAAAUUGCCAGAUUUCAUUGCUGCGAAUCUUUCUCUAUCCACUUUAGGAUCUACAUAUGUUAUUAUAUGACUUCAGCCCUCAUUUCUCUCUCUUUGCUGACCUUUUAUGCAAUAUUUCAUUUUUCUCGCUGCAGGAUCCCAUUGAUCUAUUUGGAAACCAGACCAGGGCUCCUACUUCAUCUUCACCAAACGUUGACCUAUUUGCUGCAGCAGAUUUAGGCGUUCCUGGUGGGAAGGGGACCCCCGUGACAGUGCCACCAGCUUCUAGUUCCGAUCCUUUUGCAGCAGUGUCGUUGAACACAUUUGAAGGACCUGACAUUUUUGGCGACUUCACCUCGCAUACUGAUUCAUCGAAUUCUGGGCACAGUACCGCUGGAAACGUUAAUCUUGGCCCCAAGAAGGAAGCUUUUCAAGUGAAAUCCGGUAUAUGGGCUGAUUCACUGAGUCGUGGCCUUAUUGAUCUUAAUCUGACAGCACGUAAGCAUCUUCUUCCUCAUUUUCUUUCAUGUCUGCACAUCACCACCACUUGGGAGUAGUGCAUGAUCUCGUGGGCAAGAAGAGUAAGCAGGAGGAUCUCGAGAGAGGCAUCUAUCUACUAAGAUUGACGACGGGCCUGUAAAUCUAAACUACAGAGAAAUUCCACGCGUUUGAGAGGAUCCCCAGUUCAUUGGAUGCCCUAAUUCAUCAUCGUCAUGAUCUUCUCAUAAUUCCACUUGCUAGGUGCAUGCUUGAUCUCUCCGAAUGUUUUGCCUUUCGCAUCUCAUUUUGCUUCUGCCGCCCGAUUGUGAUGCGCAGCCAAGAAGGUGUCUCUGUCAGAUGUUGGGGUCGUCGGUGGGCUUUCUGACGGAUCUGAGGACAAGGAGAAGAGACCACCUGCGUCGGCUUACGGGGGAGGGAGAGGCCCAGGUGGGGGCUUCCCCAGCAUGGGCCAGCAGCAUUUCGGAGGCUUCCACUGA